UUUUAUUUACAUGUAGUGUUUUUUAAUCAUUGUGAGUCUUCUAUUAUUAUUUUUGUAACAAAUUAAUUUCCCUGUGUAACUGUAGUAAAAGUGGUGUGGAAGUGGUUUAAAGUAAUGUAGCUGUCGGAUUUCUUUCCAACUACCAGCACUACACUGCAAAAAGAUUUCCAGAACACAAAGACGCAUUGUUAGAAAUCGCUAAUGCCUGGAAUUUAUAAUAACAACGGCUGUCUUACGGUUACCGUCCUUUCCCUACUUAAAUCUGGGAAGUAGUGGGAAGAGACAGUCUAAAGGUCGUUUAUAACCUAACUGUGGUGUGAACGCUAUUUAUUUUAAAGGAAAUGCUUCUAUUAAUUUUACCAAGAUUGUGAUUAGCAUUUCCUGACGUCAACAAUGUCGACAGCAGGCAAAGGAAUACGUAAGAAAAAACCCGUCCCUGCUAAAACCUCUCUCAAUAACCCUUACACCUUGCAAUGGAGCCCGCUGGGGGGAGAAGACAUGCAUUUUGUUCUACAAGUCCUGCAGGAGAAGUUCAAGAAGCUUGGGCUGCAGAGGAAAGAGGAGGCUAGGAAGAUACGGAAGUGGCGCAAAAAAAAGCCAAAGCCCAGUACCGAAAAGCCCGUCACCGAGCCUCCCCCGAAAGCAGAGGGAGAGAUUGCCGGUCCUCCAGAUUUUAAGCAGCAAGGAUGGACUGAUCCUGCUCUUAGACAACAGCUUGCAAUAGGCAUCAAUGAAGUAACCAGGGCCUUGGAGAGGAAUGAGCUUUGCUUGGUGCUGGUUUGCAAGUCUGCCAAGCCCAACCACAUGACCAAUCACCUGAUUCCACUCAGCGAGACCAGGGCAGUGCCAGCUUGUCAGGUGCCCCGUCUCAGCGAGAACAUAGCCUCCCUUCUAGGCCUGAAGUGCAUCCUUGCCCUGGGCUUCAAGAGGGACUCGGAGACCUUUGGCGACGAAGUCAGAGCCAUAACUCCAAAAGUACCUCCGUUCCAGGCGUCGUGGAUUCCAGCUCGAGCCGAGACGAAGGCUGCCGCGGAGCAGGCCCCCUCAGGGGAGCGCGCGGAGAGCGAACCCGCCACCAGCCGGAAACGGAAGGUCGAUGUGUGCAGCCCAGAGGUGGAGGAGCAGCUUGGGACCACUACGCUGGCAUCCCUACAACCUCUUAAAAUAAGAAAAGUGAUUCCCAAUCCUAAUAAGACUCGCAAACCGAAGCGGAAAACCAGUCAGAAGCUAAAGGGCUAGAAGUGAGCUUUUGGGGCAUUAUUGUCCAAAUUCAGGCUGAAUGCCAAUGUCUGCCAUGUUUGGAACAAGUGUAAAAGCUGGUGAUUUCCGAGUUAAGAAUGAAACAGAGGAGACCCUGAUUGAGGAAACUACUUUGGUGGCUGCAAACGGGAGCAAAAAGAUUUCAGUGUUGUUUACAAGACUUCAAAUUUUAGACUUAUCUCAAAUAAUAUUUUACUGCUUUCUGUUGGCCAUGGGGUAAACAUAGUGGGCAGCUCUGGUCCUUGGGUAUCUUGCGAGAUGUUUAGAUAGGGAAUGCACCAUCCGACAAAAGCUGCAGUGUAGGUUGUGUAUGUUACUCCCUUACAUGUACAUAACUCUACAUUUGACACUUCUUCUCUGCAUGCAGGGCAGCCUUUUACAGCAGUUUAGUUUGAAAUGUAUUUGCCAGCAACCAAGUUUUGAAACAUUUGUUUCAACUACACCUUCAGGUUUGGUUCAGUUUUAAUUUUUCAGCCAAGAAGAAAUGCUGUUUUUUAUCAUACUUUCCUUAUAAAAUGGUUAAGGUCACCUACAUUUCAGAUGGCAUCUAUAUGCAUAUUAGAUAUGCUAACCAUUACUGUAUAAAACAUAAAAAAAAACAUUUUCCCACAAGUGAAUAGCAAAUAUUCAUAAAGAGAAUGUGCUGUAUCACUUACAGUGUUGAAAUGUUUUAUUAUUUUUGUCCAUUGGUACGAUAUAUACUCACCACAGAAAAAAGACCUUUAAGGUUUGGAUGAAUUUAUUCAAUCAAAUAUCCAUGCUGGUAAACCUUAACAUGUAUUUCAAACAAUAAGUUAUCUGGAUGAUAGUCAUGUUAAACGGUGCUGGUUCGUGCCCUUUAGUUCUUUCACAAAUUGUUACUGGCUUUAAUAAAAUAAGUUUUCCGUAAAAUAA